CACUUCGCUGUGAACUUCAGAGUGCGCGCUCCCAGGAACCAGGAGCGCACUGAAGGGACGCCGGAGGACUUUCUCGGAUUUUUAAUCCUUAUAAGUGCAUGAGGAGUUUCAGCUUCGGGGAAAUUCGAGGAGACGGCUGGCACAGUCGCACGUGUGACUGACAAGACGAGAGCCGGACCUCCUCCAGCAGUGCAGCGGAACCAGCCAGACCACCAUCAUGCAGACCACCAUCAUGCAGACCACCAUCAUGUACACAACGUCGCUAGUUACCAUCUCCAUCGCAUUACUGCUCGCCUGUGGCGUAGAGGCCGACCCGGACGUCCACAAAACCAAGAAGCCGAAACAAGUGGUUCCUGCCAUAGAGUGUGACUUGAGAGCUGCAGAAGUGAAUAUCGCAGAAUUCAUUGCGAAGUGCCCAGCCAGCUGCAGGGAGACAAAGCAGCCGGUGUAUGGAACAGGGAUCUACGCCUCCAUCUCCAGCAUCUGCAAUGCGGCCAUUCACGGGGGCAUCAUCACCAACUCAGGAGGGAGAGUGAUUGUGAAAAAGAUGGCAGGUCAGACAGUCUACAAGGGCAGCUUCGCUAACGGGGUGUCGUCCCUGACUUUGCCCAGGCGGAGGGAGUCCUUCAUAGUGUCAGUGGGUAAACCAAAGAAAGGAGUUGUCUACCCAUCCACCCUGGACUACACCCCCUUACAUUCCCCGUCGGUGAAAAUAGCUCCUCCCGCACAUCAGAAGGAAGCCAAGACCUCUCUAACGACCACCGUGUUGCCAGUGACAACGAUAGCGGAGCCCACCACGACUCCACCCGAGGUGACCACCACCUCAAGCACACCUCCUCCCACCACCACCACCACCACCACCACCACCACCACCACAGCCAAGCCCCGUGCUGUGCCCCACAAGGUCCGGGAUGCUGGCAGCAGUCACCCGUAUUUUGCCUCUGUGGCAGCUGCAGCCAGUGCCAGACAGGCACAGAGUGGUCUCAGAGAUGGGUCAUCUCAAGCCUUCAGGGGAAGCUCCACCCAUACGAGCAGAUUUGCACCUCGUAUCGUACAAGGUCCACACACACAGGAGUCGGGAGCUGCUGUCAGGCGGCCAGCAGGCCCUGUCCCGCGCCCAGGCCGAGUGCUGCUGCCCCCCCCCGAGAGGACCCAGCAAGUGGUACAGUCCAACCCCACUUUUUCCAGGAGGGAAUGGCCACCCUCCUCGCACCAGCACCCAGAUCGAUUUGCUGCCCCAAGACGACCAACAGAUGUUAGUCACUCGACUCUGGACAGGGGGAACACCUGGAACCAGCCGGACACGCGCAUGACUGCAGUACGGAACCACAGACCAGACGCCUCUGAUCUUGACUGGCGCUUUGGCUAUGGACAGUAUCCCUCUAGGUCAGGGGAGCCAGACCGUACCCGAAAGCUUCACCCAGAGGAUACGGUCACCGAAGUCGAGCCCAUCGAUGCCUGGAAGCCAGACGUUACCCCCUUCGAUGCAGACUUCAGCGUCCGUGAACAGGACUCCCUGCCCAAGGCUCCAGAUCCUGUCUCACAAGGAGACCCAAACUGCAAGGUGGACAUCGCCUUCUUGGUGGAUGGCAGCUGGAGCAUCGGCAAGCGCCGCUUCAGGAUCCAGAAGGACUUCCUGUCCAUGGUAUCGCAAGCCAUCAACGUGGGCACCUCUGGGCCCAUGAUGGGCAUGGUCCAGUAUGGAGAUGAGCCCGUGACAGAGUUCAGUUUGAAGGUGCACACUAGCUCAAAGGACCUGAAACCGGCAAUAGACAGGAUCGUCCAGAAGGGGGGGCUGUCCAAUGUGGGAAAGGCCCUCGCCUAUGUCAACAAGCACUUCUUCUCUGACGCCAACGGCAACCGAGGCAGCGCGCCAAACGUGGCCGUGGUCCUAGUGGACGGCUGGCCUACAGACAGGGUGGAGGAGGCGUCCCGCCUGGCCCGGGAGUCCGGCAUCAAUAUCUUCUUUGUCACGGUCGAGGGGGCUGACGAGAGCGAGAAGCAGAGCGUGGUGGAAGCCAACUUCGUGGAUAAGGCGGUUUGCAGGACCAACGGCUUCUUCUCGCUGCCCGUGCCAAGCUGGUUCGGGCUCCGCAAGGCCGUGCAGCCCCUGGUGAAGCGCGUGUGCGACACGGACCGACUGGUGUGCAGCAAGACGUGCCUGAACGCCAACGACAUCGCCUUCGUCAUCGACGGCUCCAGCAGCGUCGGCACGGGCAACUUCCGCACCGUGCUGCAGUUCGUGGCCAACGUGACGCGCGAGUUCGAGAUCUCGGACACGGACACGCGCGUGGGCGCCGUGCAGUACACCUACGAGCAGCGGCUGGAGUUCGCCUUCGGCCAGCACAACACCAAGGCCGAGCUGCUGGCCGCCAUCAAGCGCAUCAACUACUGGAGCGGCGGCACCAGCACGGGAGCCGCCAUCACCUACGCCUCCGAGCAGCUCUUCAGCAAGUCCAAGCCCAACAAGCGCAAGAUCAUGAUCGUCAUCACCGACGGGCGCUCGUACGACGACGUCAGAGCGCCCUCUCUGGCCGUCCGGCGUGCUGGUGUGAUCGCGUACUCCAUCGGCAUCGCCUGGGCCGCUCAGGAUGAGCUAGAGGACAUCGCCACCGACCCGGACAAGGAGCACUCCUUCUUUGUGGACGAGUUCGACAACCUCUACAAGUUUGUGCCCAAGAUCAUUCACAACAUCUGUCAGGAGUUCAACUCCCAGCCACGGAACUGAGCAGGCAGUGGGGGGUGGAAGGAGGUUCACUGGACUGGGUAAGUGGUGCCUUGGAUUGACGGUCUUCUAUAGCCCUGGAUUUCCUUCUCUUUACAUGUGGGGCCUCCUGUCUCAACAUCUAGCGUCUUACAGGAAUAUUCCAGGUGGGCUUACAACAUUAUGGAUAUCUUUAACAUUUUGUCAGUGGGUAUGAUGCCUUUAACAGAUUCACUCUGAAACAUAGCAAUGAUUAAAUUGCCUUGUGAUCAAAUAUUGUUGAUCUUCAAUAGUGAGAUGAGGCUUAUUUCUUAAAAAGCGAGGAAGUAGGAUCCUAGUUUGAAAUGGAGUGGAGUUGUGCACUCAAUGCUUUGUGCCUUUUGUCAUUCUGUUAAAGUUCUGCUUCUCAGAGAGACCUACUGUGUACAACUUAAUAGCACUUCUGCCUCCAACUCGAACCAUCAUGAAUCUUAAAUCAUUUAGGCCCAAUUUGCAAUGGUGGUCAGUUUCAGAAAAGGGGAAAAACACAUUACAAUACCAUUGUAUUAUUUUCUCACAUGGUCCAGUAACUCCAAUUGUGCUUUACAGUUAACAGGUUGAUAAAUGACCGGAUUUGUUUUGUUUUUUUUAAACUGCUGCCUGUUAUCUGGUCACGACGCAGGUUAUUUCAUAGCAAAAAUAUUUAUACAACUUUUCUUCCCCUAUUUGUACAUAUGCAUAUUAAAUCUUGCUUGUGAUUUUUAAAUAUCCAAAACAUUAACAGUAUUGUACUGGAAUUUUUAAUAAAACAUAUUAAAACAC